AUGGAUCUUGACAGUGCAAAUGAUAUGAUUAGUCCGGGUGAUACUGUUGCUCGAUCGAAGCCGGAGACGGAUAUUGAGCAGCAUGUUCUCGGUGCGAAGGUUAAACUAUCCGAUGGCACCGAAGCCCUCGUGUUCAGCCGAACGCCACGCAACAAAGACCUGCUGUUCGGAUACAGCUGCCACAUUUGUGGUGUGGUGUGUCUGUACGGUGAACGGAUGCUGCAGAUUCACAUUGCGGGUCGAAAGCAUCAAGCCCGGCUGAACGUGGCCGUAUUCGAUGCCGAACAGUAUCGUGCUUCGCUUGUGACAAAAUCGAAAGCCAACACUGUAUCAUCCGAUACGAACUCUUCAGCGGGUGCAUUGGGUAUACCGGAGAAUGAAUCUUCAUCAUCAUCGAAAACGCUGGCAAAGUUACAGAACGUACUGGAUGGAUACAGAGAUGGUCCGUUGGUGGGUUUGGAAUACAUCAUCGAGCUUACCGAUACGGCAUCCGGAAAUGAUCCGUUCUACAGCUGCAUUCUGUGCAACAUCCACAACAACAACGAAAGCGGCAUUACCACACACAUGAUCGGUUUGGGACAUCGGUUCAAGUUUCUUGAGAAACACUAUCCGUCGGUGCGUAAGAUGCUGGCACCGUAUCGCAACAAUAAUCUGGAAAACGGUGGACAAGUGUUUUUCCGCGUCGUUCAAACGGUGUGCGAAGCGAUCGAAGAUCAUCAUGGACGGCUGACACCGCACGUGUAUGAUGCAUCGGAUUUUAAUCGUAACCGUGUUAAGUACGGCCAACAGAUCUCCUUUGGUAGCCACUUUGAUGAGCGCACGGGACCAAAGUUUGACGAUGUGAUUGACGCAAAGGUGCUGCAGGAUUUGCUUCAGGAUAUGGGCAGCACCGAUGGUGUGGAGAUAAAAGUUCAAGGUGGUGAUGGAAAAGGUCCGGGUGUGGAGGUUAAAGCUCAGGGCGGGGAUGCUAAAACAGCAAAACGCUAUCGUAAGCGAGACGAGCGCGGAAGUUUAGAUUCCAUCUCAAGCGUUAGCAGUGCGAACUCAAUGCUGACGAUUUCAUCAAGCGGUGACAAUGACGAUUGUAGCCGUCAGCGUCCACGAAGCCCAUUGAACGGGGGACGACAGCGUGCACAGCGCAGUUUACAUUCUGGCCCACCGGAAAGACAGCUGAUACCGACGCCACGGGAACUGUCGCAGCAGUCUGCAGCGAUUGCACAUGAACGGUACAAGUGGGAAAAGUAUCGUUGCUCGGUCGACAUAGCCGUCACUCAGCUAACAAAGCAACUGAAGGACUACGAAAAGAAUCCGGAAAAGCAUCCGCUGUAUUCGGAGGAGUGGAAAAAGUUCUGGAACCGGCGGUACAAAGAGCUGCAGGCGGAAAAGAAGGAUCCGCAAAAGCACAACUUUAAACCGGAAUGGAUCGAGUUCUGGACGAAGCGCAUGAAGGAUCUGCACGAGGAGGAUAUCGCCCGGAAGAAGGAAGAGAUUCGCCUGAAGAUGAAUUUACCGGUGGAGGGCGAAGAACGGACGGAAGAGCUGCGAGAGCAGUACGUACUGCGGGUUCCGCAGGCGAAGCGCCCCCGUACGGGCUAUCCGAAGGCAGGUACCGUUGAAGCUCCGAUUCUGAUCGACGUGAAUUCUGACGAGGAGGAAGACGAUUACAAAGGUGGUCAACCGUUGAAAAGAAGCAACCGUUCACCCAGAACAUCAUCGCGGCACCACGAAUAUCCAAGGAAGCGAUCCACCUCCCGUUCCCAUCGAUCUCGCAGUCCCAUCAGUGAUGAUAAUGACUAUGAUGCGUACUCAAGAAGCCGUGCGCACCGAGUACCCCCUAAGGAUUAUCGCGGAGAGCGGUCUGGUGACAACAGCAAGCACCGUGGACCCCCGCCCGAACGGGUAGAUUAUGAUGAAUGGGCCAAGAAUUAUUACGGUCCCAACCAGAAAGUAUUCGUACGGACGGAGUUCGAUGCGGAUAACACCACACCGCUCAAUUUUAUUGCGGUCUGCCGGUUGCUGACGGCGUUCGAGGAGUACCUGGGAAGUCUAGGACCGAAGGUGAUCGAUUUACUGGCGAAGGCGCUUGCUCUGGAGAAGGUGAAGGCCAAUUCGGCCGACGAUCUGCUACUGAACGAGGACAACUGUAUGUUUCUGGAGACGGUAAAAGAAAAGUUAAAGGGUCACAUGAUGGCCGAAACGAUUGACCCACCGAAGAUCGCACCAAUCAAAAAAGCCGUACGAAACAUUGCGCGACUGCUACACGAGGCUUCCAAACGUGAACAACCGGAUAAAGCACCGGAGGACGAACUGUCUCACGAUUCGCUGCCCGUUAGUGAGGUGGCUGCACCACCGACGACAACUCCAUCUGCUGCGAGUGGAACAAACCUCGACAAGCUAGCAGUUGCCGAGCAGCUGGCAAAGUUGCUCGUUGCUCAGGGCAAGGCCGAUUUUACCACUGAAGAGCUGGAAGAGCUGAUCAACGUGUACGUCGCCAUGGCGCAGAUGUCGCGCGAGCGAAACACAAUCAUUAACGCGAAGAGUUAUAUGGCAGCAUUGCCACAACCUGCCGUUUCGUCGGCACCGAAAGAGGUAUCACCCGUGGCAGUUCCUGCUGCACCAUCGAAGGCACCGGUGGUGCCUGAACGUGCUCGUCCGGAGGCUUCUAGUUCUCGCGGAACAACAGCUCGGUUGAACGAAAAGAAGAAUGAUAUCCCAGUGCGUACUGGGAACUUUUCCUCCAGCAUGCCGAUUAUGGAAGAAGAAAAUUCUUCACCGGGAGGAACCCUCGAGAAUCUGACCGAUUCUGAUCUGCAGACGUUACUGCAGAGUUUCAAGGAUCUUUCAAAUGACGAACAGAUGCAUCUCAUAUCGUACCUCCGGAAACUGGAGCGUACUGAACCAGACCGCGUUGAGCGGCUGCGUCGUUAUGUGAAUUUCGAUGCUUUCAACAACCCGCCAGGCGAUGGAAGAAACAGCAGAAGUGAUAAUGGAAAAAGACGAGAUAUCGAUAGCCGACUAUCUGAUAUGGAUGAGCACAGUUAUACGGGUCACGACGAUGAUAAUAGUUACGAUAUGUUCCGAUCCUCUGGACCCGCAACAACCACUGCUGGUCGAAACCCAGCGCAAAUGCCAUCGUCCAAUAAUGCCGGACAACAAAGACUACCCAUUCAACGUCCACAACAGCAACAACAACUACAGCAGCGGCAAAAGGUCAACAUAACACAUCAGCAGCAAAUACCGCCACAGAAAAAACCGAGCACAAUGAUCGUAGAUUCGGAGGACGAAGACGAUUACUCUUACGACGAUAUUUUGCGAGCGGCGUCGAAAAACGUAUCCACGAUACCGCAGCAGCAGAGGUCAAAAUCACCAACCGAUGCGUACGACACCAACUCGAAUCAUUCGCAGCGAACAAAUUCGAACAAUGAAACGGGAAGUGGUGGUCCAGGCUCUAGUGCCAUCUCCCUAACAGACACACAGAAUUUAAUCGCAAACUUGAUGGAAUCGCUUCAAAAAUCCGUUUCCGAUGCCAACAGCCAUAAACCGUCGGGCACGGGUAAUAGUGCUGGUGGGAAUAGUAACUAUUCCAACCCGAUCACGACGAUCGGUACACCGGGCGGUGAAGGUUCUGCUGCUUCCAUACCCGGCAAGGUCUCAAAUCCCUCAUCUAACUCGCCCGCAAUGUAUCCGUCCUUUCCUCAGCAACAAGGACCGGCAGGGAUGGGAAUGCUCUACGGACAGGGACAACAUCCAAUGGGCCAUAUGCAGGGAACGCCAGGGCAAAUGCAACCGCAAGUGGGCGGUCAGUUCAUGUAUCAGGGACAGAUGUUCGGUGCGAAUGCAGCUGCACAGCAGCAAAUGCAACAGUACGGCUACGGUAAUUAUGGUUACUAUUAA